GCUCACUCUACCUCAAAUAUUCAGUUAGGCUGAUAAUGUUCAUUAGGUUUGCCCCUUAAUACGACACCACCACAACUAUGACGACACCUUAGGAUUAAGCCAGAAAGUUAAAUAACGAUUCAUCGAUCAAUUCGUCUCAAUUUGCACAGGUGUCGAAAUUUAAAAACUUUGAAGCAAAAAUAGCAAGAGCAUGUCGAUAUUAUUUCUCCUUACUAACUAUAUGAAUAUCAAUAUAUACGCCGGCAACUUCGUAGCAAUUUUAUUUUUAAUCAAGGUGGUAGGCUGCUGAAGUGAACUUGGUUUUUUUGACAAAUUUGAUUAGCUAGUCAGAUCAUCAAGAUGCGUUGAAGGUGUGAAACUAUAUUCAUUAAGAUGGGAAUUCUACAAUACUGCAUUUUCGUGCUGUUCAACGUACAUGUUUGUCUUUGUGAAAUUGCUGUACUUCCAAUAUUUGAACUAACAUUCAUUCUAUGUGAACGUGAUUCCGGAGCGAUCGACUGCGGCGAUGGCGUCAUCAUCAUCUCCACAGCUAACUAUGGACGAACUAAUUCAGAAACGUGCGGUCAGAGUCACAGCACUAAUUGUGUUUCAGACGUUACCUCUCUCCUGAGAGCAUCCUGCAGUGGCCAUAGUACGUGUGCCAUUGAAGCCGAUAAUGACGUUUUUGGAGAUCCUUGCGGAGGAGUCCAAAAAUACCUAGAAGUAACAUAUAUAUGUAUAGGAAGUACGACAUUGACAACAACGCAAGUCCAAACAAUACCACCAACUACUACACCGCAGCAAACUACAACGCAGACGCCAUCAACAGCUCAGCAACAAACGACAACUGGAAUUCCAACUACAACAACAACAACACAGCAGCAAACAACGCAUACAUCAACAACAAAUGAAGAAACAACAGCACAACCAUCAACCUUACCGCAACAACUAACUACAAUACAUCCAUUGACAACAACACAGCAACAAACUACAGUUAGAAAUUCAACAGGGCAGCAGACAACAACGCAAAAAUCAGCAUCAUAUGAAGUAACAACACCGCAGCAACAACCUACAACGCAUCCAUCUACAACCCCAACGCAACAGCAAACGACGGUAGGCACUUUAACAACAACAAAUGAAGAAACAACAACGCAACCAUCAACACCGCAACAACAACCUACAACGCAUUCAUCUACAACACCAACGCAACAGAAAACGACGUUAGGCCCUUUAACAACAACAAAUGAAGAAACAACAAUGCAACCAUCAACACCACAACAGCAACCUACAACGCAUCCAUCUACAACACCAACGCAGCAGCAAACAACGUUUGGCCCUUCAACAACAACAUGGCAGCAAACAGCACCGGAGACAUCAACAUCAUAUAAAGAAACAACAACGCGACCCUCAACCACACCGCAACAGCAACCUACAACGCAUCCAUCUACAACACCAACGCAGCAGCAAACAACGUUUGGCCCUUCAACAACAACACAGCAGCAAACAGCACCAGAGACAUCAACAUCAUACAAAGAAACGACAACGCAACCCUCAACAACACCGCAACAGCAACCUACAAUGCAUCCAUCUACAACACCAACGCAGCAGCAAACAACGUUUGGCCCUUCAACAACAACACGGCAGCAAACAGCACCAGAGACAUCAACAUCAUACAAAGAAACAACAGUGCAACCCUCAACACCGCAACAGCAACCUACAACGCAUCCAUCUACAACAGUGACGCAGCAGCAAACAACGUUUGGCCCUUCAACAACAACUGGGCAGCAAACAACAACACAGACAACAACAACGCAACCCUUGUCAACACCGCAGCAGAAAUCUACAACGCAUCCAUCUACAACAGCAACGCAGCAACAAACGACGAUUGGCCCUACAAGAACACAACAGCACAGAACAACGCAGAUAUUAACAACAAAUAAAGGCACAACACCACAAACCCCAAGAACACAGCAGUUAACUACAACGCGUCCAUCGAUAUCAGCACAGCAACAAACCUCAGUUGGAUCUUCAACAACAACACAACGGCAAACAACAAUGCAGACAUCAACGGAAAUUGAAAAGACAGCGACACAGCAGCAAACGGCAUCACAGACAUCAAAACAAAAUGAGAAAACAACGACUCAACUCUCAACAACACCGCAUCAGCAACCUGCUACGCAUCCAUCGACAACAGCACAGCAACAAACGACAGUUGGAUCAUCAACAACACAUGACCAAACAACAACGCAGCCAUCUACAGAAAAUAAAGAAACACAAUCGUCAACAAGACAGCAGCAAACAACAACAUCAAAUGAAGAUACAUCAAUGAAACUACCACAAACUACGACACAGCAGCAAUCUACAAUACAUCCAUCAAUAACAACACAGCAACAAACGAAAACGCAGAUGUCAACGGCGAAUGAAGAGACAACAACACAGCAGCAAACGACAACUCAGACAUCAAAACAAAAUGAGGAUACAGCGACCCAGCUCUCAACAACAUCGCAGCAGCAACUCACAACGCAUCCAUCAACAACAAUGCAGCAACAAACGACAGUUAUAUUUUCAACAACAACACAGCCGCAGCCAACAACGCAGAUUUCAUCAUCAAAUAAAGAAAGAACAACGCAACCUUCAACAACAACCCAGCAGCAAACAACAAGACAGCCAUCAACAACAGUGAAUGAAGAAACAACAACAAUAACCCCGACUCAUACAUCUACAGGAACAAAAGAAACAUCACAGCCAUCAACAACAUUACUUCUGCAAACUACACUGCAACCCUUGACAACAUUGCAGCAGCAAAUUUCUACGGAAAGAUUAACAACAAAGGAAGAAACAACAAUGGUAACAGUGAUAGCAACAGAUCCCUUAACAACAGUGCAUGAGGAGACGUCGACACAACAUCAAACGACAACGUGGUCAUCGACUUCAACGCAACAGCAAACAAUGCAUGCAUCAACAUUAUUGCAUGAACAAUCACCAACGCAACAAUCAACCACAUUACAUCAGCGAACAACGUUAUUCUCAUCGUCAAUGCAACAACAAUCGACAUUGCAUUCAUCAGCAUCAACGCAACAGCAAACAACAUCAGAAUCGCAACAAACAAACCAUCAGCAAACUACAUCAGAGCCAAGAAAAACGACGCAGCAGCAAACAAGAACGCAGUCUUCGGCACGACAAAGCACAACGCAGCCAUCACCCAUAACACCGUUGAUGCAAACAACGCAGCCAUCAACAGCACAAAUGCAGCAGCUAACGACAACGCAUCAUUCAUCAAUCGGACGACAGACAACGUCGGGGACCGCAGAAAUAUAUCAAGCAGGAGCAACACAGAGAAAAUUGCCAUCAAAAUAUAAGACAUUCAGAAGAUACUGGCUUCUUGCAGACAACGCCGUACUCGAUGCCUCAUACACGCUCCCUGGUGUGACGUCAUUCAUCCAGUGCAGUCAAAUAUGCUUCGAUGAGGCCUCGUGUCCAGCUUUCACAUAUAUCAAAAGUGAUAGAUUGUGCUUAAUAGGCGAGCCCUCAGCCCUGAACAUGCUUCAACUACACCAGGGGGCUAAGACAUAUUCAAGCGAGCUUAAUUUGUAACUUAUUAAAGUUGGAAUCCACAUGGAUUUUAGAUCAAGAGGAAAGAUGGAUGUGAAAGAACACGAAAUGUACGAAUUAGCCAGUUACUUUAUAUAAAUAAAUAUAAGUGUGUGGAGAUAAAGAUCAUUUACUGAAUUAAAAAACAACAACCCACAGAUAGGAAAAUCUAAGUGAGCAAGAACGAAUCUAUAACCCAAACUGGAUUCUGGACAUCGAGCCUCGUACGUGAGUUAUAAAAGGGCAAGAGAAUGAAGUGACUCGCCUCGAGGUGCGCGUAGCUGAAAUGUGCUACAUUCAUUGGAACUCUUCGGUUUGCCAACGUUCUUUUCCGCCAUUCAUGAGAUAUAUCACCUCUGCCGGGCACCUUCGCUACUUUUAAAAUAUCUGUAGAUAUUAGAAAUCAAUCGAACUCUUAAUAACAGCGAACUUGUGUAUGGAUUUAUUGACACCGAAAUGCAGUUGUCAUAGGACUGAUAAAAUAUGAAACUUAUUGCAUGUGUACAUUUUUCUUCUACUCACGUAUUCCGAAAUUCAUAAUAAUGUCGUGUAGUGUCAUAGCAUUAGAAACAUAUGUACUAGCUCCAUUACGAAAAGUGAAAAUUUAUUUUGGAAAAUAAAUAUUUACUUUGAAAAUGGGUUGAAAAUUAUUUAAAUUUAUCGGUUUAUUGAGUUCGCUCUCUUCAAACACGUUUUAAAUCAAAUUUAAUAACUGCCAUGUUAUUUUAAUUUCCAGUUAUUAUUAUGCAGAGAUGUGUGACAAAAAUAUAUGUUACAGUGCAAAAGUACAAGCAAUCUUUACCAUGUUUAGCAGCGGCGUACGCAGAGGGGGUUCAAACCCCCUUAAUUUUUUUAAAGCCCAUUUUGUACGCAGGGAGGUGGUCACAGAGUUUCAACCCCCCUAACAAAUUAACCCCCAACAAUUUUGUUGGUAAAAAUGAAAUUACGACCCCGAAUAGAAUUGCAGGGUGUAAUUCUUUAAUAAAUAUCCCAUCCUUCGUCCCAAGCCCCCCGCCCCCCAUUUUUGCUGAAAGGGGGUGGUAAAAAGUCAUUCAGGGUCCCUUUACACAAAGGUUAGCGAUUAAUCGUACGCUUGAUUUUGAUUUUCACAACUGAUUUUACAUUGUAGUCAAUGCAAUUAAUCAUUAAAACUGUUCUAAGGAUUGCUAAGAUUUGUGUAACGGGCCCCAGAUUAGUUUAACCGAAUUUUGACUUUACAUUCAUCCUUCAAACAGCCAUUUCAAAGACCGGUUUGUUACCGCUUGGUCUACAGACUUAUAACAUAAUCCCUCUCAUAUCCAUAUUCUUAUUUUUUGUUUGAAUUCAAGAAAAUAGUUUGGUGUUUCUGUGCAAAUUUCUGUUGGAUACUGACAUGACUGUUGCUAAUUAUGGGAAAAUCCAGAGUUUGAGACUGUUUUUACAUGGAAAAUGCAAAUUUUCAAGGGCACCCUGGCCUUAUAUCGGCAAAGUACCAAGUGCUGUAGUCAACACGUCUAGUUUGAAAUUCUUAAUAUGAUUAUGUAAGAAAUUAAUAUUUGGAUUGCAAAUCACUUGGAUUAUGUAAGGGAUACUGGUUUAUCUAAAGAAAAGAAGGAAAAAACAGCUUCACUCUUAUGCGUUAUGAUUAUGGAAACAAAAUUCUCAAAAUCAACUCCUUAUUGUUGAAUAUUUCUUCUGGUUUCUCAUUUUUUUCUUGUCUCCUUUUUUUUCAUUAUACAAUGAAUUUACAUCUUUAUCCAUAUAUGUACUCAAUAGCUGCUUAUACAACGUACAUAAACAUGAUCAGAUGAAUAAACAUUCCGAUGAGAAAUUUU